AUGAUCGAACGGGCCGGAUGCGACCUGAAGACCACGGCAAUCCAGCCCCAAAAGAUCAAGACGCUGCUCAACGGGGGCCCCGAUGGCAACACGUGCCUCCUGGGCAGCUCCAUCCCUCCCCAGGCGCCCGUGCCCUUCAACGGGGUCGUGUGCACGUUUAACACGAGGGAGAAGAAGUACGACUGCCCCGUUGGCAACGAGGCCUUCAACAUCGCCUGCGAGAAGGCCGGCGGCUCCUUUGAAGUCGGCAGUGGACACUGA